AUGUUCUACACGCAUGUGCUUAUGAGUAAGCGAGGGCCCUUGGCCAAAAUAUGGCUGGCAGCUCACUGGGAGAAGAAACUCACGAAGGCCCACGUGUUUGAGUGUAAUCUAGAGAUAACCAUUGAAAAAAUUCUUUCCCCUAAGGUGAAAAUUGCACUUCGAACGUCAGGACACCUUCUUUUGGGAGUGGUUCGAAUCUAUAAUAGGAAGGCAAAGUAUCUUUUGGCAGAUUGCAGUGAAGCAUUGCUUAAAAUGAAGAUGACAUUUCGCCCAGGACUGGUUGACCUUCCAAAAGAGAAUUUUGAAGCAGCUUACAGUGCUAUCACAUUGCCAGAAGAAUUUCAUGAUUUUGACACCCAGAAUGUGAAUGCUGUUGAUGUUUCAAAAUACUUUACUCAGAACCAGAGCAGACCAGAAGAAAUCACACUUAGAGAAGAUUAUGGCAGUGAUCUACUUUUCCAAGCUGGGAACUUUGAGGAGGAACCUGAAAUUCUCAGAAGACAUAGCUUCUUUGAUGACAGCGUAUUGCUGAGUUCCAGUGGUCCUUUAGUUGAACAUAGUUCUGGAAGCCUCAUUGGAGAAAAAUCUCUGUUCUAUGACAGUGGAGAUGGAUUUGGAGAUGAAGGCGCUGCAGGAGAAAUGAUUGACAAUCUGUUACAAGAUGAUCAGAAUAUCCUGUCAGAAGACAUGCAUUUGAACAGAGAAAUUUCCCUGCCUCCUGAGCCUCCUGCUACUCUAGUGGUAGAGACAGAUAAUCCAGAGUAUGUGUGUCUAUCUAAAACUGAGAACAUGGAUGAAACCACAUUAUCACAUGAAGAGGAAGGAUUUACCCUUGACCCAAUUGAUGCUUCAGACAUUGCUGAGAAAAGGAAAGUCAAAAAGAGGAAAUUGCUCAUAGAUCCAGUCAAGGAGAUCAGUAGCAAAAUUAUGCAUAAACAGCUUACUUCCUUUACUGACACCCUCAUGGUCUUGGAGCUUGCACCUCCCACCCAAAGACUGAUGAUGUGGAAGAAGAGGGGAGGGGUAGAUACGCUUCUGUCAACUGCUGCCCAGGACUUGACUCAUAUUCAACUGCAAAUGUUGUUUACAAAAUGCCUUGUGUCCUCCGGCUUUAAACUUGGAAGAAAAUUGAUACAGAAGGAGUCAGUAAAGGAAGCAGUGGAAAGCGACAACAUAGUAGAGACCUCCAUUAUGGAAGAGCCAAAUUCCCAGCAAGAGUUAAGUCAAACCAAAACCUCAAAGGAUGUGAUCGAUGGAUCUAAGUGUAGCUCUCAUGAGGGUAGCAAUAAAAAUAUUAACUCUGAGGAUAUUAUGGAAGUGAUUUCUUCAGCUGCUGAGGAAUCUUCUUUAAUGAAUUCCAUCUUGACAAAAGAAAUUGAAAAUUGUCCAGUUGAAUUGGAGUCAUUGGAGAAUGAACAAAAUAUUGAGGCGGAGAAGUGGAAUCGAAGAAUACUUCGGAUGUUAAAUAGUUUGCGGGAAUCCAACAAGAUGGGAAUGCAGUACUUUAGUCUGAUGAAGCUCUGCAGAAACAGUGACCGAAAACAAACUGCAGCCAAAUUUUAUAGCUUUCUUGUCCUAAAAAAACAGCGGGCUAUUGAGCUGAGCCAGAGUGCUCCCUAUGCAGAUAUUAUAGCAACAGUAGGACCAAUGUUCCAUAAAAUGUGA